UUGCAGCUACUACUCCUAACACAUACUACAAGACAUCAGAAAUAUAUAAUUAAUGGCUUGUGAAAACAAAAUGAAAAGCGUGAAAGUAGUAGCUGAGUUGCCCAAUCUCAAAGCAGUGCCUUCUAAUUACUCUGUCGAUCACCAUCAUAACUCAUCACCAGCCAUAGACAGUAUUGAUGAUUCAUUACCCGUCGUUGAUUUUUCCCUCCUUUCCUCAGAAGAUCCUCAUCAACACUCCAAAGCCAUUCAGGACCUUGGAAGAGCUUGUGAACACUGGGGAUUUUUCAUGGUGGUGAACCAUGGAAUAGCAGAAAGUUUGAUGAAGGAGUUGAUUGGCGUGGCAAAUGAGUUCUUCUUGAUGCCAGAGGAGGACAAGUGGCGCUACAAAGGCCAACAAGUGUUUGAUCCCAUAAAGUAUGGCACCAGCUUUAAUUAUACUUCAAAGGAGACAACAUUUUACUGGAGAGACUACCUUAAACUCUCUGUUCAUCCUGCCUUUCACUCCCCUCACCAACCCAAGAAUUUCAGAGAACUUGUAUGGGAGUAUUGUGAGAAGUGCAGAAAAGUGACAAAAAUGUUACUCUCAGGAAUAUCAGAAAGCUUAGGAUUGGAAGAAGAGCUGAUGAGAAAAUCCCUGGAUCUGGACUCGGGUUUCGAGGUAUUUGUUGCAAAUUACUAUCCAGCAUGUCCACAGCCCGAACUUGUAAUGGGCCUUCCACCCCAUUCAGAUUUUGGGCUUUUGACCUUACUCAUUCAAAACGAAGUUGGAGGAUUACAAAUACAACACAAUGGAAAAUGGAUCAACAUCAAUCCCAUUCCCAACUCUAUUUUGAUUAAUACUGCUGAUCACCUCGAGAUAUUUACCAAUGGGAAAUACAAGAGCGUUUUGCACAGAGCAGUAGUGAAAAAGGUGCCAAGGAUAUCAAUAGGCAUUGCUAAUUGUCCAGCUAUGAAUGCCACAGUGAGACCAGCUGCUUCACCUUUGAUCCAAAAUGAAAGGUUGCCACCACUCUAUCUUCCCAUGAAAUUCAGUGAAUAUGUGGAGAUGCAACAAACUAAGCCACUAGACGGAAAGUCCAGCUUGGAUGAAAUCAAGAUUAAAUUAAAACAAACCUGAAAAAUAAGACCUUGUCGACCACACAUUAGUUAUUUCAUUUAGUUUAACACAUAAAGUGUUUAUAGGGUGGUCGAAAUCUGAAUUUUUUAUUACAUUUAGUACGAAAGCUCAAUAGGGACCAAGUUCACUAAACUUGUCUCUAGAAAUAUGUACUCUUUAAAUUUAAUCGUCAUUUAAUACCGAUGUUGCAAUUAAAAAAAAAGUAUUGAGGUGUAAGCAAUCUCUGAAACCU